UGUGGGUCCCAGCCCCAGUUGGAGUCGAUGGCAAUGAUAAGGCAUAUAAAGGCUUUGAAGAGAGAAAGAUAUUGUUAAUUUAAACAUAAGUAAGUCAAAACCUAAAGUGGUGAUUAAGCAACAAAUAGAUAUGGCAGAAUAAUUAUGAAAAAAGGAAUCAAAGGAAGAUAUCUAUCGAAGCAGAAAAGGGGAGUUUAGGGGAGAAGACUAAGGAAUGGCCACGCUGGUCUUAAUAGUUCCCCUUUAUGGUGUAAGAAAACAUAAUGAUGGACAGUGUGAAUUCUGUGAAGAAGAAGAAACCGUGGACCAUGUUUUAUUGUUCUCUUUGAGGUACGAGCCAGUGACAGAAAUUAAAAGGUGGACCGGAGAGGGAAAUAUUAUUAAUGUAUAAAAUAAAAUAAUAUAUAAAAUAAAUAAUAAUUUAUUUUGCGUAAAAGCCCACAUUCACAUUAGCGGGAGGCAGUAAUGCGCCCGAAAGCUGUUUGCCCAGCGCCAUUAAAAGUAAAAGAAGAAGAAGAAAAAGAGCGAAAAAAGAAGUAGAAGAAGACGUUCGAUCGUGUUUCCCGACGGAGCCAUUUGCAGACGGAACCGGAAACGCGGCCAAUCAAAACUUCCUCACACACACGUGAAGGAGAGAUUCCAUGCUUGCAGUCGCAUCGUAAUUAAAGGUGCGUCCCUACACCUAGAAUCAGAGAAGAAACAGUCGGACCUGAACCCGUAACCGCUUCGUCGUCAAGAUGGCGGAGAUCGUUCAGCACCGGAUCGAGGAGCGGAUCCCCGAGUUGGAGCAGCUGGAGCGAGUGGGACUGUUCACCAAGAAAGAAGUCAAAUCCAUAAUCAAGAGAGCAACGGCUCUGGAGUACAAGCUUCACAGGUUGAUCGUAAACAAGGAUGACUUCGUCGCAUACAUUCAGUAUGAAAUCAACGUUUUGGAGUUGAUCAAGAAGAGAAGAGCGCACAUUCACUACCAGUUCAAAAGAGAGGAGAUUGAGUUCCCCAUCAUCCAUAGAAUAAACAGCGUCUUCAGAAGAGCGACAAACAAGUGGAAGGCCGACGUGCAGCUUUGGCUCUCGCACAUUGCUUUCUGUAAGAAAUGGGCCACCAAAGGCCAAAUCAGCAAGGUGUUCUCGUCCAUGCUCGCCAUACACCCCGACAAACCAGCCCUGUGGAUCCUGGCAGCCAAGAGUGAGCUGGAGGAUAGAAACUCCUCUGAAAGCGCCAGACACUUAUUUCUGAGGGCUCUGCGCUUCCAUCCCAAAGACAAGAAGGUCUACCUGGAGUACUUUCGUAUGGAGCUGCUGCAUUGCGAGAAACUGAGGAAGCAGAAGCAAGAGCUGGAGAAAGCGGAGAUGGACCUGGGUGAAUACGAGUUUUCUCCGGAGAUCCUCAGUGGCAAACUGGCUGAGGUUGUGUACAGAGAUGCUACAGGGAAAAUCAAAGAAGCAGAGUUCGUCAUCUCACUUCUGAACAUAGCCGCUAUCUUCGACUUCACCAAAGAACUCCAGGACUUCAUCCUGCAAGAUUUACAGACCAACUACACCGCAGACAGCCUGACGUGGGAUUUCAUGGCUAAGAGGGAGCUGGAGGCCGUGGGGGCCGGAGAGGAGCUGCCGACGGCCAAAGGCCGAGCCUCAGAUAUCAACCGGCGAGAGGAGCGGUGCUGCCAGGUCUACGAGGAGGGGGUCAAGAGCCUGGACAGCGAGCCCAUGUGGUCUUCCUAUGUGACCUUCUGCUUGGAAAGGCUGAAGAGAAAGACCAACGUCGAAGAGCUGAAGGAAAAGAGGCAGCAGAGGCUGCUGGGAGUGCUGCAGCGUGCCCACGACUCCUCACUACUGAAAGAAGCUUAUUACAAGAACUGGUUGCAGAUGCUGCUCUCCGCGGGAGAUGCCGAGGGAGCGGCCAGCGUUGCCAUGGCAGCCGCGCAGCGCCACAGCCAGUCGGUGUCGGUGUGGAGCCUGAGUCUGCAGACGCUGAUGCAGCUGGGGAGUGGAGACGUGGGCCGCCUAUUCCAGGAGGCUCUGACACUCGUCAAUCCCAAGGAGAGUCUCCCGCUGUGGCAGCUGCAGGUCCAGUGGAGCGUGGCCAACCAGAGUCCCGAGGAGACGGACAACGUCUUCAAGAGAGGCCUGCUGUCUGCAGUUGCGGCGGUUUCCAUGGAGAUGAAAGAGAGCUACCUCGAUUGGUCGUACUCCACUGGAGGCUACAAGAAAGCAAGGAAGACCUUUACGAGCUUACAAGAAAACCGCCCCUUGUCCAAGGCCUUCUUCACCAGAAUGAUUGAGAUCGAGAAGCAACAAGAGACUCCCAAGAUGAACAGUCUGAGGGACUACUACGAGAGAGCCCUGCAGGAGUUCGGUACCUCGGAUGAUGAUCUGUGGCUGCAGUACAUCCAGGAGGAGCUGGGGCCCCUCGGACAGCCGGAGAACUGCAGCAAGAUCCACUGGAGAGCCAUGAAGUUCCUGGAGGGGGAGAGCGUGGAGAGCUUCACUUUCAAGUACACGCUGUUUCAGACCGGACACUUGUGAGGCUCAGAAUCUGUGGAGAAGCUCAUCAGGCGGUCCUGCGGUUUGCUUUCUACUGGACAAUUGCAGUAUUUAAAUUUCAAAAGUUUCCUGUCCUUUUAAAAUUAAAAUAAGUGCUGUUCUUGAUUGAGGUGCUUCUGAUACCUGCAGCUUCUUAAAGCAGCCGUAUUGUACAUUGUACAGUUGUAAGUCACAACUUUCCAGUUUCAUUUACAGCCGUUGGUGGUGCAUUUGAGACUUGACUGUUCCUGGUCACAUGUUGUGUUGUAAGGAUGUGCAGUUUCAUAUGAAUUCAACCUUGAUUUGACUCUUUGAGAUGACAAUAUUAAAACAGUCUUUUAUUCUGAGUGUUUCUUCAUUUUGGUCCCUCUGAGACAAUGGCAUUA